CACAGGGCAAGAUUCCACCCAAUGCAACAUUGAUCUUUGAGAUUGAACUUUAUGCAGUAAAUAAGGGACCUCGCAGUGUUGAAGCAUUUAAUCAAAUAGACAAGGACAACGACAAGAAACUCUCUGAACUUGAGAUAAGCCAGUAUUUGAAAGAAGAAUUUGCAAGAGAUGGCAAAAAACGUCAUCCCUCGGUCCAUGAUGAAAUCUUAGCUGAUAUAUUUAAGAAGAACGAUCAUGACGGAGAUGGUUUCAUAUCAGCAAAGGAGUACAAUGUCUACCAGCAUGAUGAACUCUAA